AUGACUUGCUUGGUUAUAACCCUUAUAGCAUUUUUCAAAGUUUCUGAAAUCAGAACCCAACCAGGUCAAAAUAACAUGGCUCUGACAAUAAACUUGCUUUUAGCUCAGUUAAUGCUGCUGGUGGGAGUCGAUCAAUUGGAUUAUCUAUCUAUUAUUCUGAACUCACUGCAGGGAAUCUUCUUGUUUUGGUCAUUUAUUUUAAAUAAAAGUGUAUUAAACAAAUUAAUGUUGUCAUAA